AUGGCCGGCGAGGGCGACACAGAAGAGGGGCCCCCCCAGGGGGGCCCCCUGGGGGGCCCCCUGGGGGCUCCCCUGGGGAGAACUGAAGCAGCAGCAGCAGCAACAGCAGCGAAAGAAAUAAACGAAACCCUAAAAAAUGGUUUUUGCUGCAGCAGCACGCACGGGGCCCCGCUCCCCAACAGCCCCGCACAGCAGCAGCAGCAGCCGCCGCCGCCGCAGCAGCAGCAGCCGCAGCAGCAGCAGCAGCAGCAGCCGCCGCAGCAGCAGCAGCCGCAGCAGCAGCAGCAGCAGCAGGGGCGGAACGGCAGCAGCCAGUCGAGCAACAGCGGGAACAACUGCAGCAGCAGCAAAGGCAGCCGCAGCAGAGGGAGCCGCACGGUGCAGCAAAAAGGCAGCAAAAAGAACAGCAGCAAACUGCAUGCAAAUUCAAUAGCAGCAAGAAGAAGAAAUGAACUGCUUUCUGCUGUUGCCAUUCCCAGGGGGUACUUGACGUACUGGAGCGAGCGCGUGGAGGAGUUGGUGGCGGACGAAGAAGACAACGAAGAAUUCGAAAGGACUUAUCGCAGCCACGAGCAGCGCCUUUUUCCCUUUCGAACUUCUUCGACGGAGUGGACAAUCAACGGCGCUUUGGGCGAGUUUUGA